AUGGUGAGCCGCGUCGCUUCGCUGGCCUUGGCCUUUCUCCUAAGAGCUUUUUCCAUCGAGCAGGAGGCUGAGGAGGACGGAAGCUACGUCGUGACCGUGGACGCUGCAGGGGAGGCGCACGGCGCCUUUGCGGUCUCGGAGCCGAAGUCCAUGAGCUUGAACGCCAUCCUGCCCCACUGGCCUGAGGCUGCAGACGCUGCAGUUACACAGCAGAGCGUCCGCAGCGUCCGCAGCCCCGACGACAAGGCCGACAAGGCCGAAACGCAGGCCGAAGUGGACGAGGAUGGAGAGUCAGAGGAGGAAGAGGACGAGAGCGAAGAUGAGGAUGGCGAGGAAGAAUCGACAGGCUCGCAGACCUCGCCCGGCGACAAAGAGGCUUUCUCCUUCACAUACCGCCAGCACGUAGCAGGCUCCACGCCGACGGGGGAGCUGGGAAUCGGAACUCCGAGCGUAAAUCUCAACAUGAUACUGGACACCGGAAGCGACAAGUUUGUGGCCAAGACAUGGUCAACCAUUAAGGCCGAGCUUGACAAGAUCGAUGCGGGUGCCUCGGACGAGGUCUUCCCGAGCACAAAGCUUUACAACCACAAUGCCUCCAAGUCCUACCUGCAGCUCUUCAUGUCCUCACACGGGAGGAAGGUCCCACGACAAGGUUUUAUCGCCUAUGGGAGUGGUAUGGCCAUCACCAUGGAGGGCAGGGAAACCAUCCGAAUCGGUGGUCAAGAUGAGUAUGUCAGCAUGCAGAAGUUUCCGAUCUCCGAGAUUUCCUUGGAUUCCUUGCAGAUCCUUCACUCAUCCAAGGGCAUCUCUGGCAUCCUCGGUCUUCAGCACAUGAUGAAUCGAUCCCUGGGCCAGUCCUUGUAUUCCAAGCUGCGGGAUAAGCGGGUCCUGCAUUCUUUUGGAUACUGCCGUGGCAAGAAGAAUGAUGGUACAUUCAUAUGGGGGGACAAGUCCAACGAGGGCACGGCCAUGAACGUUGAAGGGCAGAUGCACUGGGCUGUGAAGCUUAGCAACAUGCGUGUCCGGCACAAGAGGCACAAGGCUGCAUCGCUUCUCAGCGAUGAUGCUGAUGUGGAUACCCUUUCGAGCAAGCCUUCACACGCGCACCACAAAUUCCACCUCUGCAAAGAGGGCUCUCCGUGCGUGGCCGUGAUCGACACAGGAUCCAACAUCUUGGCCAUGCCUUCCGAGGCGGUGAGGAUGCUCACGAAGACUCUGGACGUGUCCUCGGAUUGCUCCAACAUGGACCAGCUCCCCAAUCUGCAUUUCGCGCUCGGCGAUGGAAUUGAGAUUUCCUUGCCCCCAGCCGCUUACAUCAUGAAGGUGAAGCUCCCGUGGCUUCCGAAGAAGGACGGCGAGAAGAACUCUUCGGGGGAUACCAGUUCCGACAGUUCCGACUCCGGGUCAUCCACGGAGGCCACGCGUGAACAGCCGAAGCCCGAGAAGGCCUCUAAGGAGAAGGCGAAGGUCAAGGUCCACCAAGUCAAUGCCGAAGACAUGGAUGCGACGUCAGCGUUGCCGGAGGAUGCUCCGGGAGCUGCGCGGCAUCUUCACCAGCGACUUCCACUUCAGCUGGCGCAGCAGGAAGAGGCAGAGGCCUUUCAGGCCGAGGUUGAGUCUUUCGUGGAGGAGACGCGACGGCAGCAAGGCUUAGACUUGCGAGCAGUAAUUGCGAGCUCAGAUCUGGCGAUUCUUCUGAAAAACACAUCGACACUGUGCAUGCCUGCGAUCGUGCCCUUGGACCGCGAAACUCAAAAGGGUACUUUGCUUGUCGUCGGCGGGCCGUUGUUCGAGAGGUACUACACCAGGUGGUCCUGGCCGGAGGAUCAGAAGCCGAGAAUCUUCAUUCAGGACCUGCACAAGGCCGAGGCCUGCGCAGCCAAGGAGGAUUCAGCAGCAGAAGCAGAGGAAGGUGGCAAAAACCCAGCAGGGAAGAUGACAGUCUGGAGGUCACAUGAAAAGGACGGCCGCAUGAUCCGUGCCGAGAAAGGAAAGGGCAAACAUCUCAAGCAAUCCACGGUGUCUGCUGACCUCAGCGAGAUGCCCUCGGAGAUGAGGCCGCAGGAGAUGAACCUGGAGGACAUCAGGUAUCCCCACUGGGCGAGGUAUCUCGACGAGCUUUGA